AUGACAUGGUCCGGGUGGGCGCUUCCGUGGGGCACUGACGGCUUGCUGAUGCCGGUUGGCCUCUGCGACGUCCUCGAGAUGGCGCGCCAAUUUGUGCAGUUGGCUGGCUUGGGGCCACGGCACGAUGGUCCCAGAAGCUUGGAUGCCUUUCUUUCAGACCAGAACCAGGUGGUCAUGGCUGUCGAGGACAGGAACAGGGCUUGCAUCCAAGCAUCCUUCUUCAGCAAUGCGUUCCAUGGCAAGCUGGAAGAGCAUGCCUCAGCAGGCAAGUUGGAUGUGGGCUUCGGACAAUUUUUCGAUUUUGGAGAAGAAGCUGGCUAUGGACCCACUUCCUAUUUCGUCUCGGCGGAGGGAUUCUUUUACGUCCUCACCUAUCGAGCUGCUGACGGCGAGUGCUUCAAGGGCGACUUCGACGACGACAAGUGGCUACCGAGCUGGAUCACGAGAAAGGGCACUUGUGGCCACAAAGACGACAACGUCCAUGGUGCUUGCACUUCGGUUGUCCCGCUGGGAAGAUUCAAAAGGACGGCCCUGGAGUGUCACAUUGGCCAGAUGCUCUUCGGCCGGGCCCUUGCCUACGUUCUUUUUCUGGAGAAGCAGGUGCCUGGGAGGUGCUUCUCCAUGGCUCCUGUGCCAGAGUCUGCAAGCAAGGCAGUGAAGCUUUGGAUGCAGAGUCUGGCUGCAAAGCUUUUCUGGAACGAGCAGGAAAAGGAUUUGAUCCCCAUGGUCCAGUUCCUCCUGCGAGAUUUGCCUCAGCAGUGUUUGCCUAGCGCUCUGGUGACGGCAUACUUGCUGUAUCGGGCCAAGUGUGUGGUUCCAUCCUUGGCAUCAGAGCCUUUGCAUGUGACAAGUUGGGGUGAUGGAAAUGUUUUUCCUUUGAAGCACAUUCAAUGUGACGUCAGCAAGAUAUAG